AGACGGCACCGUCGGAUCCUUUGGGAAAGGGAGGAGAACUGGGGGAUCCCCCUCGCUUCGCAGAGGCGAGAGCUGGGAGUUUGCAACCAGGACGCGGAACGGAGGAGGAGGAGGAGGAGACGGGCAGAGGAGGAGAAAGGAAAACUCCAGGCACUGCGUGCGACCCGCGACCCGCCGUCCUCGUCCAUCCAUCCAGCAAGCAAACGAGCGACCCACCAGACACGACAUGGCCCUUGGUCCCUCUCAACUAGCCCAGACCGGCGGCCGAAAAAGUGGACCGAAAGCGCUGUUUUUUUUAGGGUGCACCUUGUGGAUGUCUUUUUGCCCCUUCCGAUCUCUUGCUUUCAACCUGGACACGACGUACGUGGUCCUCAAGAAAGGGAAAACCCCGGACAGCUUCUUCGGGCUCUCCGUGGCUCUGCACCAUCAAGCGAAUCCGCACAAAUACCUGCUGCUUACUGGAGCUCCACGGGAUGUGGCUGUAGAGAUGGAGAACAGCACGCGGUUGGGCGCCAUGUACGCUUGCCCUUUGACAGCGGCCACUGACGACUGUGAACGAGUGGACAUUGAAGUAUCAAGCAACCCCCGGAAUAACAUUGUUGAAGACAUGUGGUUGGGGGUGACAAUUGCAAGCCAAAGAACAACAUCUGGGAGAGUGAUGGCUUGUGCUCACCGUUACACCAGGAUCUUGUGGUCCGGCAAUGAAGGCCAGAGGCGCAUGGUGGGGAAGUGCUAUAUCCGUGGCAACGACUUGAGCCUUCAGGAGGAAGAUGAGUGGCAGACGUACCAUAAUGAGAUGUGCAAUGCCAACACUGACAUCGAGUCGACCGGCAUGUGUCAGAUGGGAACCAGUGGUGGCUUUACCUCCAACAGUGUUUAUUUUGGAGCCCCUGGUGCUUACAAUUGGCAAGGAACUGGUUAUGUGAUCCAGCGCGAGGGCUGGGAACAACAUGAUUUCUCCUAUCCCGAUGAGAAGCAUGGGAACAGCUAUCUGGGGUAUACCAUUGAGGCGAGCACUGCUGUCCUACACAGACAGAUUACCACCUUCGUCACAGGAGCCCCCCGCUUUAAUCACACAGGAGCUGUUUUCCUGAUGGUAAAUGGCAGUGAGACACUUCAGAAAAAUCAGAUGCUCUUUGGAGAGCAAGUGGGCUCCUAUUUUGGUAGUUCUGUUGCCCUGGUCGACCUCAACAAUGAUGGGUGGAAGGAUUUGAUCAUCGGAGCCCCAUAUUACUUUGACCGGAAAGAGGAAAAAGGUGGGGCUGUCUAUGUGUACAUGAAUCUCGGUGGGAUCUUCCACACCAGCCCAAAUCUCACCCUGACGGGCCCCAGCAAUUCUUCCUUUGGCCUUGCUGUGGCCAGCAUUGGAGACAUUGAUAAGGAUGAUUUCCAAGAUAUUGCCAUUGGGGCUCCAUUUGAGGGUUCCGGAAAAGUAUAUAUUUACCACAGCAGCGUGGGAGGACUUGUUGAUAAACCCCGGCAGAUCAUUAGUGGAGAAGAUAUUGGCCCUGGCAUCACCACCCUGGGCUACUCUUUCAGUGGUGGAAUGGAUGUGGAUGGGAACUCCUAUCCUGAUCUUCUCGUGGGAACCCUCUCUGAAAAUAUAUUGCUGUUCAGAGCCCGCCCAGUGAUCAACAUCGUAUCCAAGACUUUUACAGUUACCCCCAGCACUCUGGACCCAGCCAAAUGUACUAAGGACUCUUGCAUCAACGUGAAGUUCUGUUUUUCCUAUUCCCAAAGUGCUGGAGACCCCAAUUACAAGGAGACUAUCAAACUGAACUAUGUCAUAAAGGCUGAUCAGGACCGUCGUCCACCUCGAGUACAUUUUGCCGGGAGGCAGUCCGCCGUCUACGAGGGAACGUUCUCCAUGCCCAACAAGCAGUGCCAGACUCUGAAGGUCCUCCUAUUGGAUAAUGUGCGAGACAAGCUUCAUCCCAUUAGAUUCUCCAUGAACUAUUCUCUGAAAGAAGAACCAAGGAGUUUCCUCUUGGGUCUGCACUCCCUUGAUGCCUUUCCUGUCUUGAAUGAAGACCAGCACCAUGAGAAUCAUACAGAGAUCCAGUUCCAGAAAGAAUGUGGGACUGACAACAAAUGUAACAGCAACCUGAAGAUUCAAGCUGUUUUUCUGAAUGAUCAGAACAAGAGGCUGCCCAGGCGGAAUGGUGUUCAGGUGUUACAAUACAGCCGUGAUGUCAAGAAACUGAACCUGAGCAUCAGUGUCACCAAUAAGCCAACAUCGCCUACUAAUGGAGAGGAUGCUCACGAAGCCCUUCUCAACAUCACCUUCCCGCCCUUCCUGCUGCCUUCCUCUGUUCGGCCGAGCGGCGCCUGCACUUUUGAGGAGACAGUGUUGUGUGAAAUAGGAAACCCUUUCAAAAAGAACCAGCAGGCAGAACUCAUCAUCACAUUUGAAGUUACUGCAAUUUCGCUGUAUACUCAGAAUGUUACUGUACAAGUGAAACCGUCCACGAUAAGUAUUCAAGCAGAUCUCGUGUCUGUGUCAGCAGUUCUAUUGGUGGACUACACUAUUGAUGCAUCACUAAGGAUAAUCCAGUCAUGGCAGCAGUCAUCUUUUAGUGGGACAGUCGUAGGUGAGUCAGCCAUGAAACACGAGCAAGAUGUGGGGAGUCCGAUCAGCUUUAACUUCCAGGUGCUCACCAAGGGCGAGUCUUUGGGUUCCUUGGGCACCAUCACAUUAGGCUUUGAGUGGCCCUAUGAAGCCAGCAAUGGGAAAUGGCUGCUGUACCCGACGGACAUCCUGGUGAAAGGGAAUGGGAGCUGGUUCUGUGAGCCCCCUGGUCAGGUCAUCAACCCCCUCAACCUCAGCCUCAGCCUCAAUGGACUUAACGGCAGCAACAUAAUGUCACGGAAGAAACGUGAGCUGGAAGCAUCUGCCAAAAGUGAGCUUCCCAUCACUUUGGCAUCUUCAAAGAAAGCCAAGCCAGAAACAUUAUUGAACUGUUCCAAAGGAAGUCGCUGCAUUUGGUUUGAGUGUCCCUUGAGGGACAUUGGAGCUGUGACAGAGGUGAUAAUCCGAGCACGGGUGUGGAACAGCACAUUCAUUGAGGAUUACCGUGACUUUGAUCGUGUGCAAGUAACUGGAGAAGCCACACUGUUUCUCAGGACAAACGUCUCAACAAUCAACAUGAAAAACCAUACAGUGAGGUAUACUGUGAACAUUGACUCUGCACUGAGUGAAGAACAGCCGGCCGAGAUUGAGCUCUGGGUGGUGCUGGUCGCAGCUGCAGCUGGCCUUCUGCUUUUGGGAAUCAUCGUUUUGCUAUUGUGGAAGUGCAACUUUUUCAAGAGAACCCGCUAUUAUAGAAUCAUGCCAAAAUACCAUGCCAUUCGGAUCCGGCAGGAGGAGCGCUAUCAGCCAGCGGGUGGUUUCCUGCCUCCAAAGCACAAGAAGCAGUGGGUGACAAACUGGCGAGAAACGGGAAGAUACUACUGAUGCCUUCACUCCCACCGUCUCCUUUUCAUGUUCACGGGCUGCUUUGCUUUCUUUUGUAAAUAGUGCUGGACCAACAAAGGAACUGUUAUUUAAAUCUAAAUUAUAUGACUGUAGGUCAGGGAUGACCCAAAGCUUUCUCCUCCAGCGACACUGUGAUCUUAAGCAGAACACGCUCCUUGCAAGAUGGACCACCUGGUAGGCAUUUAUGGGACACGAGGCACAAAACAGGCAGCUUUUUUCAUUUCUAUUGAUGGAUAUCUCUCUUUUUAAAAUCACCAUUGUGUGCAAGAAGGGGACGGAUUAGAAAGUUAGCUUAGCUUUGCACUGGGUGCCUACGUAACCAAACUGACUGCAUUUGUGUAAGUACUUGUGUUAGUGACCCAAACACUAGAAUGUUUGUCCUCUGGCUACGAUUUUUUGGAGCUAAUUAUGAUUUCAUGAGGAGAUGAUUUAUAUUGACAUUCAAUUUCCAGUCAAAUGAAUUAUAAUCUUAGAACUCCAGAGGUGGAAGGGACCCUAUGGAUCGUCAAGUCCAGCCCCUGUCAAGGA